GCCGCCGACUCGGUGAUGCCGCUGCCGCUUUCCGCUGCUGCCGGUUUCUGAGGGGGCCUCGGGACGGGUCCGGCGGAACGGCCCGGCCGAAAAGAUGGCGGCGGAGGACGGCGGCGGCGACACGGCGCUCCGGCUCGGCAUGAGCCUGGCACAGAUUGCCGAGUCUCUCGGCUCCUCGGAGCAGGCGCUGCGCCUCAUCCUGUCCAUCUUGCUGGGCUACCCUUUUGCCUUGUUCCAGCGCUAUUUUCUUUUCCAGAAGGAGCUCUACCUCAAUCACCUAUACAACACAUUCACGGGGUUCUCACUUGCCUACUUCAACUUCGGACCACAGAGCUGCCACUCCUUCAUAUGUAUCUUUGUUCAGUUUCUCAUACUGAGGCUUAUGGGCCGCACAGUCACUGCCGUUGCCACGACCUUGAUCUUUCAGAUGACAUAUCUGAUGGCCGGCUACUACUUCACUGCUACAGAGCACUAUGACAUCAAAUGGACCAUGCCACACUGUGUCUUGACUCUCAAACUGAUUGGUUUGUCCUUAGAUUACUAUGAUGGCAGGAAGGAAGUGGGGGCUUUAACCCAGGAACAACAGAGAUUUGCUGUACGGGGAGUUCCUACGUUACUGGAGGUCUCUGGCUUCUCUUAUUUUUAUGGUGCCUUCAUGGUGGGGCCUCAGUUCUCAAUGACACAAUAUCAGAAGCUGGUGAAGGGCGAGUUGACCGAUGUUCCAGGCCAAAGACCCAGCAGCUUUGUGCCUGCUCUUAAGCGCCUGGUUCUGGGUCUCUUCUUCUUGGUAGUCUACACUGUACUGGCUCCAUAUAUCUCUGAGGAAUACCUCAUCUCUGAUACUUAUCUGGAGCAGCCAUUCUGGUUCCGUUGCCUGUAUAUCUUGAUCUGGGGCAAGGUGAUCCUCUACAAGUAUGUUACCUGCUGGCUGGUCACAGAAGGAGUUUGCAUCCUCACCGGCCUUGGAUACAACGGAAAGGAUGAUAAGGGGCACUCAAAAUGGGAUGCUUGUGCCAACAUGAAAAUCUGGUUGUUCGAGACGACACCUUUCUUCACAGGGACAAUUGCCUCCUUCAACACCAACACCAAUGCCUGGGUAGCCCGCUACAUCUACAAACGACUGAAGUUCCUGGGAAACAAGUUGGUGUCGCAAGCCAUCUCUUUGCUUUUCCUGGCCAUCUGGCACGGGCUGCACUGUGGCUACUUGGUGUGCUUCCAAAUGGAGUUCCUGAUUGUUGUUGUCGAAAGACAGGCUAUUGAUCUGGUAAGAGACAGUCCGCUGCUGAGUAAGCUGGUUUCGGUCACCAUCUUGCGGCCUCUGUUCUAUUUUCUUCAGCAAUGUAACCACUGGAUGUUCAUGGGAUAUUCUCUGGUGCCAUUUUGCCUUUUCACUUGGGAAAAGUGGAUCAAGGUAUACCAGUCUGUUUAUUUCUUAGGCCAUGUGUUGUUUUUUACACUACUGGUUGUAAUGCCUUUUGUCCGAAAAGUACUUGUGCCACGGAAAGAGAAGUUAAAGAAAGCAGAGUAACAAUCAAAAGAUUGUACCACAUGUGCAUUUGUCAUGGGGAAUACAGAAGCAUCAGCUGCCAAACUUGCUGUGUCUAGCCUUGACCAAGUGACAGAGGGAGGAAGAGAGCACAGGGGCUGCAAGCCCAGAAGGAGGGGGACAGGCUGCAAAUCCCCUCACCCCUCUUCCGUGUUGCCUUAUCUAUUGACUUCUCCUCAUGGACACUCCAGUUUUGGGAAAUGUCAGAUGAUUGUAAAGAACCUGACACAGCUGCCACCUGGGAAUGGAGCCACUGCCUGACUUUUUCUACCUUCCAAUUCUGCUAGAUAAAAUUGGUCCCAGUUGGUUUUUUCA